AUGGCUUCAACACAGCAGGUUGAUAGUUUAACAGAAGAACUAAUUUGUCCCAUCUGCCUGGAUAUCUUCACCGAUCCAGUGUCCCUGCAGUGCGGGCACAACUUCUGCCGCUCCUGUAUCACACAAUGUUGGGAAAGAGAGGGGAGAAACUCUACAUUCGCUCGACAUUCCUGCCGGAAUGUAUAUCUAGCUGUGAAAACUCAACAGUUCAAGCUGAAUCAGAAAGACAAGGAAGGUAAACUUCACUGCGAGAAACAUCAGGAAGAACUGAAGCUGUUUUGUGAAACUGACAAGAAAUGUAUCUGUGUGAUUUGUCGAGACGCGCGGGAACACAGAGAUCACCGCUUCAUACCGAUAGAAGAAGCUGUUGAAAACUACAAGGCACAGAUGAAAUCUUCCAUGGAAUCUCUCACGAAAAAAAAAUUAAAGAUACAGGAAAUGGAACAAUUGCAGAAAACAAAGAUUUCUGGAGUUAGGGAAUGUAGAGCGGAAUUUGCAGACCGCACCCUCAUUGUGAAUUGGGCCUUGUCAAGCCUGGCUGAGAAAACUCAAACAUUAAAUCUGAAUCAGAAAGAGAAGGAAAGUAAACGUCACUGCGAUAAACAUCAGGAAGAACUGAAGCUGUUUUGUGAAACUGACAAUAAAUUGGUCUGUGUGAUUUGUCGAGACGCGCGGGAACACAGAGAUCACCGCUUCAUACCGAUAGAAGAAGCUGUUGAAAACUACAAGGCACAGAUGAAAUCUUCCAUGGAAUCUCUCACGAAAAAAAAAUCAGAGAUACUGGAAAUGGAACAAUUGCAGAAAACAAAGAUUUCUGGAGUUAGGGAACAGUCCCACAGUCUGCAGUCCCACAUCACAUCACACUUCACUAAAAAGCGGCAGAUUCUCUCUGAGGAAGAACAGCGCUUACUCAAAGAUCUCAGGGAAUCAGAGGCGAAGAGUCUUGAUAUAAUGAAGACAAAUCUUCAAGAAAUCCAAGAGAAAUUAAAUUCCAUGCAGGAGAACCUCACAAAGAUACAGGAACGGAUGGAUCAAAAAGACAGUGUGAUAUUUCUAAUGGUGAGAAUUUCUUCUAAUUUUAGGCCAAUCCAAGCGCACACAGAAAAUGCACAACUUCUCGGGAAUAAGUGGACAACAUGACACUAAAUGUUUGAUUGUUCCUCUGUUUCCCAAGCUACAUAUUACAUUUAAAUUGACACAAAAAUUCAGGUACACUUGCAUGCUGUGAGUGUGUCUGGUGUAGUGGG